UUUUAAGAUCCGGCUGACGUUAAAUCCAUCUCAUGUCGCCAUUUUGUGUCAAGUUCACAGCGUCGCAGCUUAUGUACGUUGUGAUGUGAUACGUUAUUAGAAAAAUAAUUACUUGGUCUCGUUUAACGUUAAUAAAUCAUUAUAUUCGCAACACAGAAUAAGUUAAUCUUUAAGUUUUAUAAAAGUAAUGCAAAUGCAAGCUAUGAAUCAAUACGGAAACAGAGGAUAUGGUGGACCUCCACAACCCCAACGCCAAGGAGGAAGACGCGGAAAUAACAGAGGAGGAUUUCGUAAUUCGCGUUUUGAGCAUAAUCAAAGAGGAGGUCCAAAUCAUGGAGGUCAACGUCCUAAUAAUGAGUUUUCUUUUAAACAGGUAAAUAAGCCUAAUCAACAACAAAAUGAAAAACCACCUCAACAACAAUUACCAAGUCAACAAGGACAAAAUGUACCUAAAGAUAAGGAAGUGCCAGCUCAACAGGCACAGCAGCAACAACAACCUCAACAGAAGCAGACAACACCACCGCAAAAGCCUAUGCAACAGCCCCAAAAUAACAAACCACAAAAUCAGCAAUCGCACCAACAACAGCAACCGCAGCUACAACAACAACAACAACAACAGCAGCAGCAACAGCAGCAGCAGCAGCCACAACAGAUCAAUCAGGGCAACAUUUCACAAUCUGAAGACAAAGUUGACAAGUCGAUGCCAAAUGAUCAAAAGCCACAAAAUCAAAAUAAUCAAGGUUCAUUCCAAAAAGGUCCGCUUCCUAGACUGAUGGACACGAGGCAAGAACUCAAUCCUAAUAAUAUUAAUGGAAACUUUGGAGGUAUUAAGCAAGGUGGUUCUUGGGGUCAAGGUGGACCAGGUAAUAAGCAAGGCGGUGGUAAUUUUGGCCCUCAUAAAGUAUUUAGUCAGAAACCUGGAGGCCCAGGUCAAGGACCUGUUCGCAAUCAGCCAAGGAAUCCUAAUCGUGGAGCACAACAAGAAGGUGGUAACAAACCACCAUUUAAAGAGGAACAUAUGUUGGCUAACAAAUUAAAAGACCUCACUGGACCCAUUCAUGAUUUACCACCUCUUGAACAAAGCGAAGUUAAGUUCAAUGGUAGGAGUCGCCUGUACAUUGGAAAUAUAACCAGUGAUGUGACUGAAGAAGAGAUAAAUAAUCUGUUUGGCCAGUUUGGAGAAACUGCGGAACUAUUUUUAAAUAAAGAAAAGAACUUUGGAUUUAUUAAAAUGGAUUAUAGAGUGAAUGCUGAGAAGGCAAAACGUGAGUUAGAUGGAAAAAUGAGAAAUGGUAGAACCUUAAGAGUUAGGUUUGCUCCUCACAACAGUGCUGUCCGUGUGAAGAACUUGCCUCCGUUUGUGUCAAAUGAGUUGCUUUAUCGUGCUUUUGAAAUUUUCGGUAAAAUUGAAAGGGCAUUUGUCAGAGUAGAUGAAAGAGGAAAAACACUAGGUGAAGGUAUUGUUGAGUACGCAAGAAAACCAAGUGCAUUAGCUGCCAUUCGUAACUGCAGUGAAAGAUGCUUCUUUUUAACCUCGUCAUUACGUCCAGUUAUUGUAGAAAACUUAGAAGAACCAGAUGAAUUUGAUGGAUACCCUGAGAAGAAUAUACCUAAAAAGCAUCCAGAAUUUUUGCGUGCCAGAGAGAUCGGACCACGCUUCUCGGAGCCGGGCAGCUUUGAGCAUGAGUACGGAACAAGAUGGAAGCAGCUUCAUGAACUUCAUCGGCAGAAGGAGGAAGCACUAAAGAAAGAGCUAGCAGCUGAGGAGGAGAAACUCGAAGCUCAAAUGGAGUACGCGAAGUACGAGCACGAGACGGAGCUGCUGCGCGAGCAGUUGCGGCAGCGCGAGCAGGACCGCGAGCGGCAGAAGCGCAGCUGGGAGAUGGCGGAGCGCGCGGCCGACGAGCGGCGCGAGGCCGAGCGCGCCGCGCGCCUGCGCCACGAGGAGGAGCUGUCGCAGCGCAUGCGCCAGCAGGACGACGAGCUGCGCCGCCGCCAGCAGGAGAACACGCUCUUCGUGCAGGCUCAAAGGCUAAACUCAAUGCUUGAUCGUCAAGAACAAGGCAUGUUUGAUCAUCAGCAGCCAAUGGAUGGAGGCUUCAGAGACCAGUACGACAUGCCACGAGGAGGUUAUGACGACAUGCCGCAGAACCGCGGUGGGUGGGACUCAUCACGCCAAAUGGAUGAUUAUCCUAAUAAACGUCGACGCUUCUAAAUAUUGCAUUCAUGACAUAGAAUAUGUCGCAUCUACAUCGCGCGAUUCAUUUCGCGGUUCUCUGAAGGGAUACCCGCUCUUCUAGAUGAAUAUUUACUUUCGACUGUUACAAAUAGAGGAAUGAUGUUUAUUAUUGUAAAGACAAAAUUAAAUUAACGUCUAGAAUCAUAAAUAUCUUUAAGCGUCUAAAAAUUAAACAUCAAAUCUUUAUUUGAAAUGAUCGAAAGUCACUUUUAUGAUUUAAAAGCACUGUUCGUGUGUAGGAUACUUUAGUCGUUUCGACCUUUAAAUAUCUCAUUGUAAUAAUUGUAAGAUUUAGAGUAUAAAAUUUCAAAUGAAGCAGAAAUAGAUCAUAAUUUAAUUAUAUUAUUGUAAAACGUUUUAUAUAUACGGCCUUGUGCACUCAAUUUUUCUAAAGUAUCUCAUAGUAGAUCAUGUUUCAUGUAAACCUUUAUGAUUGCACAGAUCCAGCUUAAAGUACUAUAAAAUCUUAUUGCCAUUAUAUUCCUGUAUGUGACAAAAUAAUUUUCUUAAGCGUUAAGGCUUCGGUUUCAAUACUUUUUUAAAGUUUUUUUUUUUUUAAGGAAUGAAACAAAAGUAUCAUAACGUCUAAUAUUGCGUCAAAGAUUUUUGCGGAAUGCAAAUAUUUAAAAUAUAUCUCGGUACUUAUUACUGUUGAUUCAGUUUACUGUGCUGAUUGUUAAAUGCCCCUACUGAUUGUUAACACGUCACACUCUUCACAGAAUAAUAAAUAAUAUAUGUUAAUAUAAACUCGUAAAAUUAUAA